AUGAACAGAUAUGGUCUUCCACAACCGACCGAUCCGACAGGAUAUCUUGCCAUGUAUGAAGCCAGGAUGCUCGAAGAGGUUGUGAGAGACAAAAAUCUCGCACUUGGCGAUUCCGGUAGCUUGAGGGGCACGACCUACAACGAUAGUGUUCUCCCUCGAUGGAGAGCGAUGGUGGAGGCCAUUGGACAGCGAAUGGCCUACGAGGCAGCCCAGGUGCAAGGCAAUAUCGCGCCCGAGGUGCUCGAUGUAUUUGGAAAAUCGUGCAUUCAAAAGGAUCCAUCCUGGUUUGUCGAACACGGCUAUGGCACUCGAUCUGCGUUGCGGGACAACGAGAACAGGGCAUACUCCAACUUGUUGACCCUCUUGCCCACGCUGGUGGAAAGGGCCAAUGCUAAAGGCUACAUCACGGCGCCGUUGGUUGAAGAGGAAACCAUGGAGGACUUCAUCAAGGCCCUGCCGGCUUUUGGGGCUCGUACGGACG